AUCAUCUGUCAAUUUUCAUUUUCAUAAUGGCGGAGGACGAAGAUGGUGUUUCAAAUAAAAAAUCACCACAAAAUUCAAAUAGUGCUGGUCCCUCUCAAGAAAGUGAUCAACAUACAACAAAACCGGAUCUAGGCAUCGAAGAGGCAAAAUAUAAUAGUAACGAAAAUGGCGAUACGUCGCCUACUGAGGCAAAAAGUUCGACGAGUACUACUGGCGCAACGCGUAAGGAGGAAAACCCGUUUUCGUUUCGACAUUUUCUGAAGCGAGAUCUGUCGUUACCGGGUAACUCGACGUACGAAAACACUGGGGCCAGACCUAAGGUUUACGCAAACACAGUGCAGCAUUCGCCUACGAAGUUAGACGUUCACGCUGAAACGAGACGAGAGAAGUCGCGCCCGAGCGAUAUUCAAGCCAAAGACAAAAUGAUCGAUGCUGGCCAUCGUUUAACAAUAAGUGAUAAUACGUCUUCAAGUAGUUCUGUAGAGAUACCGUUUAGUGUAGUGGACAAUUCCGAGUCUAAGCAUAACUUUUACGCGGACAGUACUAAUGUGCCGUUCUAUCAGAGACCAAACCUGGCCUCGGAGCCGUUAGGCAUGCCCUCAUUGCCUGACUUUGUACAAGAUCAUAUACUAGUGGAACAAGCUUAUUUAAACUCUAAUGGACCCAUAUCAGUUGACUUGGACAAUUUACCAGACUUUACUUUUAAUACUAAUUUUAAUUUGGGUUCGUCUUCCUCGUUGGGUAGAAAGAAGAACAGUAGUUAUGGGAGUAACAAUGAAUAUGAUUAUGGUGCAUACAUGGGCGCAGCUUCAACAUCCAACGAAUCUGGUCACGGGAUCCCCUUGGACUUACCAGCGGGGGCGGAGGCAGCUGGACCUAUACCUUUGGAUCUACCAGCACAUCUCAGUCUAGAUCUGACCGAGUCAGUGAAUCCAGCUGACAGGAGGAAUAACUCACCAAGAAGUACAUUUCCGCUUGAUCUGCCUCCCAAUACUGGUGCAGAAUCAAUGCGAUUGCCGGACUUCCUGCCGGUGCACCCGGGCAGGACGUCACCGGAACCCGAGCACCAGGACGAGCAGCUGCAGCAAAUCAUGGCAGAGCUGGAACGGACCAGGUGUGAGCUGUUUGCGGAACGCAGUCGACGUUCCCGGGUGGAACAAGAAGCGGUUACACUUCGUGCCGAGGUCAACGACCUGCGUGAGCGACUCGCGUCCGCUACCCGCCGUUCUGUGCCCUCCUCCGGAUCCGCCUCCGCUUCCUCUCCACUUAUGCCUGAAGAUGAGGCUAGAGCAUUGGAUACAGACCCGGCAGUAGCAAAAUUGAAAUCUCAGAUAAAGAAAUUGAAGGAGGAGGCGGGCGCGUCGUCGCGGCAGCAGGCGGCGCUGCGGUCGCGGCAGGCCUCCGCCGCGCUCGCGCUGCGGCGAGCCACCGCACUCGCGGACGUCUCCCUCCGCGAACUAUUAGCGGGACUAGAACAACUCAAGACAUUAAGUUCGACGCUCGACCCGACAUGAUACACGGCCGGCGACAUCACACCAUAAUAUGCUUUAAUACUCCGGUUCCCCUAUAUUUAUGUUUGACACGUCCAACAAUGUGAUGAUUGUAUUCCGGGAAUUAUGAAACUGAUGUAAAAUUAAUUAUUUAAAAUGAAAAUAUGCAUUACCAUCGAAUUAUUCAUUUGUAAAUAGGUAAUAAAUAUAUUAUUAUAUCAUGUUCGGAUGAUUUAUUGUAUAUUUCUGAGCGUCCUGGGGAUUAUACUUUAAAAGGAAUAGUUAUUUUUAAUCUAUAUCCAAACUUAAAACUAUUUUUGAAGUACAUGAGUAAUGUGAUUCAAAACUUAUAACAGUAAUGUUAUGUAAUCUAUCUAUCUAUUAUAUAACCAAUUGUCUAUGGUUUUAUACAAUUUAGUUCUUAAUAGAUGUCUGUAAGUUGCAUGGACUGUAUGACAGCUUGAUGUGACAUAAAAAAAUGUAUAAUAUAAAAAAUACAUAUAAUGUGGCAGUGAUAUGGGGCAGGUACCACAGGGGGGCGUCGCGGAGGGUUUUAUAGGAUGCAGUAAUGCAAGAAAGAAAACUUUAUAAUGUAUAACAAAAUUUAAUAUAAUUUAACAAUGUUUUCAAUACGAGGAAUGUGUAAACAAUAUAAUGAUUUAAAUAUAUCUUAUUUAUACUCUGUAGCAAUGUAUCUUUGAUAAUUCAUUUGACCUCAUCGUAAAAAUAAAAAUAAACACUGCUUUCCAUUGCACUCGAAAUUAAAAAAUAAAGUUAAUAUCUGUAAAUACAAUAUUAGAAGACGAUCUAAACUAUGAUAUAAAUCCUUGCAGUAAAACACAUUUUUAAAAAACAAAUAUUUAAAACAUGGUAACGUAAAGUGACUAAAGUAAAUACUUUAAAGUUGAUUUCUUUUUUCAUACUGGAAAUUUUCAAUAUUAUUAUUUUCAUUCAGAACUUUUCCGAGGGAAAUUUCAGUUAGAUUUUAUUAUUCAUUUGCUUAAUUGAAUUCCAAACCUCUCAUUUUCAAUUCUGUUACCGAUUUAUUAAUUAUAUAACAAAUAAAUAACCCUGGACACUUAACACAGCGCCAUCUAGUCACACGGUAAAUAGAGUAUGCGUUAUGGGUACUAGACAACUGAUAAUACUUUUUUUAAAUACUUAUAUAAUAUACAUAGAAAACACCCAGACUGAUACAAACAAUCGUACUCAUAAAUACAAAUGUUAGCACUGUGCGAGGAAUCGAACCCGCGACCAUCGGAAAUAA